CACCAGGUGAGGCCGUCUGGGAGGUACGUACCAGAAUGCCAACUGUCAACGUACCGGAGUGCCCAAUACCGUAAGCAAGGAGACCAGAACUUCAACUCAACAACUACAUCCCAACUCCGAAUCCGGAGACGGCCGCUCAAAACAUCUUUUCAUAGAUCUUCAGCAACACCAUAGAUUAGUCUGGAUUUCCUUCAAUCUUUCGUCCUCGGCGCCUCGUCUCUAUAUUACCCCCAGCGGCCGCCACCUUUAAUCCACGUCAUACCUUCCGGCCAUGUCAAGAGCCCCUCCAUACGGUCAGGGUAGGAUGGGCUUGCCUGGUGCCAACCCGAGAGCAAUGCCCUCGCGAGACCAACCCCCUAGAGAUCCAUAUGGCCAAGGCUACGGCGGCCAGAGUUAUGGGAGUCAAGGUUAUGGCGGCCAGGGCUACGGGCAACCUCCUCCACGAUCACCCGGAAUGUCGUCAAGCUACGAGAAACCCCCCGCGCAGCUUCCAAGGGGCGGCGGUGGUGGUGGCGGUGGUCGUCGGGUGUCUUUGCAAGUUGGGAAGGUUGCCGACAAGACACUACAGUCUCAGUUGAUUUACAGGAACAAGUGUGCCGUAUCACCGAUGGACUUUCCUCCUAGCCCCGAUGGCUCCGAUUUAUACAUCCUAAUUCGAGGUGGUGUACCCGCGGGCGAGUACGUCGUCUCCGCCGAGCGCGUCGACGGUUUCCCAUCCGGUGCUAUCAGCUUGUCGGAUCCUCAGCGAACAUGGUGCAACAUCGGCAUGACGGACCAGUUCACCGGCGAAGUAUACGAUCCUUUCAGCCAAGGGGGCCAGGUCUACCUAGGCUCUGUCGAUGUAGAGGUGGGCUUCGCCUCCGCGAAGAGGUCGUCGUCCCAAACAUAUGACGAGGACGAACUGGCGCCGCGGUUCCUCAAGACCUACGGCAACCAGAUCUUAGCCCCGGGAGAGAGGAUUCUGAUGGAUGUCAACAACAUACCGCUUCUUAUAGUCGUCAAGACGGUCGGUGUGGUCAAUCUUGACUUGAUGACCGACCCCUCCGGGACGGCCACGUCCAGAGACCCCAAUGCUCGUGGUAUCCUCACCCCGCAAACCAGGAUGGCCUUCUUCAAGGCGCCUGGGGCGGAGAUCAACCUGAAAGCCUCCGAACAUAGAGGCAACACCAACGCCAUCAUUGCGCCGGACUUCAAGUUUGAGGACAUGGGCAUCGGUGGUCUCGGCGAGGAGUUCGGAACCAUCUUCCGAAGAGCAUUCGCUUCCCGUGUUUUCCCCCCCAGACUGGUUGAGAAACUUGGAAUUCAGCACGUAAAGGGUAUUCUCCUUUACGGACCUCCCGGUACUGGUAAGACGUUGAUCGCACGGCAAAUCGGUUCGAUGUUGAACGCCAGGAAGCCCGUAAUCGUCAACGGACCCGAAAUCUUGAACAAGUACGUCGGCCAGUCGGAGGAGAACGUCAGGAAGAUGUUCGCCGAGGCCGAGAAGGAGUUCAAGGAAAAGGGUGAUGAGAGCGGCCUCCACAUUAUCAUCUUCGACGAGCUGGACGCCGUGUGCAAGCAGCGAGGAUCGGGUGCUGGAGGUGGUACUGGCGUGGGUGACAGUGUCGUCAACCAGUUGCUGACCAAGCUCGAUGGCGUGGAUCAGCUAAAUAACAUUCUCCUCAUCGGCAUGACCAACCGGAAGGACAUGAUCGAUGAGGCCCUGUUACGACCUGGUCGUCUGGAGGUUCAGCUGGAGAUCGGGCUGCCGGAUGAGGAGGGCCGAAAAGAGAUCUUCCUGAUUCACACGUCCAAGAUGCGGGACAACGACAUCCUGGACCCGGCCGUCGAUGUCGCGACGCUGGCGGCGCAGACCAAGAACUACUCCGGCGCCGAAAUUGCCGGCGUCGUCAAGGCAGCGACGUCCUUUGCGUUCAAUCGUCACACGGAGGUGGGCGAACUUGCCAAGAUGAAGUCGGACGUUGCGUCGAUGAAGAUCAAGAUGGAGGAUUUCCUGGCGGCGCUGACCGAGGUCAAGCCGGCCUACGGUGUGUCGGAAGAUGACCUGGAGCGCUCGGUCAAGAUGGGCAUUAUUCGGUACGGUCGCCACAUCGAGGACGUCAUCCGCACCGGCAUGAGCUACGUCAACACCCUCAAGGAUUCCCAUGUCCUCAACAGGAUGGCGGUUCUUUUCCACGGGCCACCCGAGUCCGGAAAGACGGCCCUGGCGGCGCACAUCGCCAUGCGCUCCGAGUACCCGUUUGUCAAACUUGUGUCGCCGCAGAACCUCACGGUGUUCCGGGACGAGUUCGGGAAGAAAGACUAUCUCUCCAAAAUCUUCUCGGAUGCGUACAAGUCGCCGCUCAGUAUCCUCAUUCUCGACAACUUUGAGCAGCUUAUUGAGUGGAAUCCCAUCGGCCCGCGCUUUUCGAACACCAUUCUCGACCGGCUCAUGUCUCUGAUUCAGUCGGAGCCUCCUAAGGGCCGGCGUCUCCUCGUCUUCGUGACGACUUCGGAACUCACCGUCCUCAAGAUGCUGGGCGUCAUGAAGCUGUUCGGUCGUCGCCAGGUACCUGUCCCUGCCGUGAUGGACUUGCGCGAGCUCGAGGGCGUUCUCGUCGAGAGCGGGUCGUUCGACGCCAGCGAAGUCAACCAAAUCAUCAACACCAUCUCCGCCGAGACGGGUUCAAAGCAAGUAGGCAUCGGUAUCAAGACGGUGCUGGAGUGCAUUGAGGAGGCUAGGAUUGAGGCCGCCCGUGGCGAGGCCGCCAGCAUGGCCGAGAGUUUCAUAUCCAGGGUCGUUGGGGCCAUGGGUGCAAGCGAUGUACCGAUGGAUGGUUAAAUCGUUUGUCUCGGGCCGUUUCGGGGGUUCUGCAUUCGCAGGUCACUUUAGGACGCAUGGGAUGGGCAUAUGACUACAUACAGUGAUGAACAUAGACAUGAACGAAACUCCUUUGAAGCUGGGGCAAGGGCCCAAGUUGUUGUUGUCAUCCUAUGUAGCCAUCCGUUUUCCAACUAUAAUCUCUGGGUUGUCCAUCACAUAAAAUCCGCUGAUUGAAGCGGCCCUGAGAUAAGUGGUGUUGGUGUUGGAAAUACCAUUUAUAACAAUUCGGUAGUCUGACAUCACAACGAUUUCCCUUUGGAGUCGCAUCGAUGCAUCAGCCCCACGUAGUUACCCUACCGUAUUAACCCACCACUUAAGCCAAAGGCACUGUGCUUUAUCUACCUUGUAAUUAACGCGUCGUCGCCCCCCC